GGCGGUAUGGAGGGUCGGAGUGGUGAGGCGGUCGGGGGAUAAGUUGUAAAGGCCCUUCGAGGUAGGGAACGAGGUAGAGGGACACAGACGUGACAAGGCCAUCUAGGUGGACACAGCUGUGAGGCGUAGAGGGGCUGAAGAGGAUCCAGAGAGGUGUUUAUGAGGGAGCAGUUGGAUGAGAGAAAAACGCCACCUAGAGUCAGCUCUGUAAGGUGCUGUUGGAGGGUCCCUGGGGUCUGACCUCGUGAAAGCACCUCAGCCAGGCACAAGAAGUCAUUUCAAGUAGUGACUUCCUCGAUUUGACUAGGAAUGUGGGUCCUCCUCCGAGGUGGGUACCCUCUCCGUAUCCUGCUGCCCCUGCGUGGGGAGUGGAUGGGUCGGAGGGGCCUGCCCCGGAGCUUAGUUCCAGGCUCUCCACGAAGACGGUAUAGGAAGGAGGUUCUUCCAGCCUUGGAGAUACCAGUGUUGCCUGUAACCGCAGCUGAAAUCCGCCAAUAUUUGCGAGUGCAUGGGAUCCCCUUCCAGGAUGGCCACAGCUGCCUGCGGGCACCGAGCCCCUUUGUGGGGACCUCACAGCUCAAAGAUCAGACUGGCACUACCACUUCCUUCAGCCUCUUCAUUGACAAGACCACAGGCCGCUUUCUCUGCAUGACCAGCUUAGCAGAGGGGAGCUGGGAAGACUUCCAGGCCAGUGUGGAGGGGCGAGGGGAUGGGGCCAGAGAGGGGGCCCUGCUUAGUGAGGCCCCAGAAGCUGAGGACAGUGAGGAGGUCCGGAGGAUCUGGGACCGAGCGAUACCUCUCUGGGAGCUGCCUGAGCCAGAGGAGGCCCAGGUGGCUCGUGUGAUGUUUGGCCUUACCAGAGUGACAGAUGACACACUCAAACGUUUCAGUGUGCGGUAUCUGCGGCCUGCCCACAGCCUUGUCUUCCCUUGGUUUUCCCCUGGAGGUUUGGGAUUACGAGGCCUGAAGCUACUAGGAGCUGAAGGCCAGGGGGAUAGAGUGCACUACGUGGAGACCACUAUUCCCCGGCCUGGUGUCUACCACAAUCUGUUUGGAUUACCACUGAUCAGUCGUCGAGAUGUUGAAGUGGUACUAACGAGUCGUGAGCUGGACAGCCUGGCCUUGAACCAAUCCACAGGGCUGCCCACUCUUGUCCUACCCCGAGGAACGACCUGCUUACCCCCUGCCUUGCUCCCUUACCUUGAACAGUUUCGACGUAUUGUGCUCUGGCUAGGGGAUGACCUUCGGUCCUGGGAAGCUGCCAAGUUGUUUGCCCGAAAACUGAACCCCAAGCGAUGCUCCUUGGUGCGGCCUGGGGACCAGCAGCCCCGCCCCCUGGAGGCCCUGAACCAAGGCUUAAAUCUGUCUCGUAUUCUGCGUACUGCCCUGCCUGCCUGGCACAAGUCUAUCGUGUCUUUCCGGCAGCUUCGGGAAGAGGUGCUAGGAGAACUGUCAAAUGUGGAGCAGGCAGCUGGCGUACGCUGGAGCCGCUUCCCAGACCUCAAUCGUCUCUUGAAGGGACAUCGGAAGGGCGAGCUGACCGUCUUCACAGGGCCAACAGGCAGUGGCAAGACAACAUUCAUCAGUGAGUAUGCCCUAGAUUUGUGUACCCAGGGGGUAAACACACUAUGGGGUAGCUUUGAGAUCAGCAACGUGAGACUGGCCCGGGUCAUGCUGACACAGUUUGCUGUGGGGCGGCUGGAAGAGCAACUGGACAAAUAUGAUGAAUGGGCAGACCGCUUUGAGGACCUGCCCCUCUACUUCAUGACUUUCCAUGGGCAGCAGAGCAUCAGGACUGUAAUAGACACAAUGCAACAUGCAGUCUACGUCUAUGACAUCUGUCAUGUGGUCAUUGACAAUCUGCAGUUCAUGAUGGGUCACGAGCAGCUGUCCACAGACAGGAUUGCAGCUCAAGACUACAUCGUUGGGGCCUUUCGGAAGUUUGCUACAGACAAUAGCUGCCAUGUGACACUGGUCAUUCAUCCCCGGAAGGAGGAUGAUGAUAAGGAACUGCAAACAGCAUCUAUUUUUGGCUCAGCCAAAGCAAGCCAGGAAGCAGACAAUGUUAUGAUCCUUCAGGACAGGAAGCUGGUAACUGGACCAGGGAAACGAUAUCUUCAGGUGUCCAAGAACCGCUUUGAUGGAGACAUAGGUGUCUUCCCACUUGAAUUCAACAAGAGCUCUCUCACCUUCUCCAUACCACCAAAGAGCAAGGCCCGGCUCAAGAAGAUCAAGGAUGACAAUGACCUAGUGGCCAAAAAGCCCUCUUCUGGCAGAAAGGGGACUGUGCCUCCAAAGUCUGAGACUUGCUUGGGCCAGGUCCCCAACCCCUACCAGCCAGACCCCCCCAAGUCUUCAAGGUGAAGACAGCACAGAGCUAGACACUGACACAAGUGUUUCAAGACAGGACAGGCUGGGGCCUGGCCUUUCUUGGCCCUCUGCAAGGGCUGCAUCUGUCCUGCAGUCCUGAGCUAGGGACUCUUCUCAGUCUGAGGGGCCUAGCCUAGGACAGGGCUCCAGAGUGAGAUAAUUCAGUUUAGCAGAUAUUGGGAAACUGUGUGCCAGGCUUCGUUCUAAGUCCAGGGAAUACAGCACUGACAACAGAUGAGGUCCCUGCUUCCAUGGAGCCUGUAAUCUGGUGGGAGACCAGACAUGCAAUGGACAAAUGAACAUAAAGCAAAAUUUUAGAUAGUGAAAAGUGUUUUAAAAUAAAACCAGUAGUAUGAUAGUGCUAACAGCUAAUUUAGUUUAAGGUCUGAAAAGGUAUCUUGGAGCAGAGGACAUUUAAGCUGAGGCCUAAAGAGCUAGGAUUGAGCCAUGUGAACAUCCGGAAAAAGUGGGAUCAAAGCAGAGGGAAAAGUAAAUAGAGGCCCUGACGUGGAAAUGAGCAAGUUGAGUUCAAAAGUGGGAUCAGGUCCCCUGAGCCUGGAGGGGAAUAAAGGACUUCUUGCCAAAGUGCCAACCUGGGUUUUCAGAGCCAAAGGGUGACCUAAGCUUCUGUGUUCCCUACUCUGGGGCCUGCCAUGAGGUGGCAUUCACUACCACCAGAUGCCAGGUGCUUGGCACUGUAAUAGGUUCCUAGACAUGGAAGCUUGGCCAGAGAGCCACAGGAGGUAGCUCUGAGUCCAGGGUGCCUACCACCUGGACGCUGACUGCAUGGUAUUCUGACAGAGACCACUGGAGUGGAUGCAGUCAGGACUUUUGUAGAGCCUUUUCUACUUUAAUGAAAAAAAUUUUCAUUGC